UUCGCCUGGCUGCGAGGUCAUUACACAAUGUCAGUCCAAGCGAAUUAAAGUUUGUUUGUGACGACAGCGUCGCACGCUGCUUCCGUCCAGGCCGGGGAGCGACUUUCCUGAUGUCAUUCCCACGCGGCAGCUUAGGGAAAGCCCAAACGGCGCAUCGUUUAACAAGACCACGUCUAUGGCUCUGUGGGUAAACUAUCGUCCAGACACAGUCCCUCCGCCCGCCGUCAUGUCCUUGAACCCAGAGCCCGCUGCUCCUGAGGAGCGCGAAGCCCAGCAGCUGCCACCCAAGUCGUUUGCGGAUGCCGCGCAAGAAGCGCUCGAGCCUCAAUCACAUGCGAAUGGCACUGACGGUGCUGCUGAGAGCACUGAGCACAGCGUCGACGUCCAGACAGACGGCCCCAAGACCAAUGGUGUUGGUGUCCUCAAGAUAGUCGGUACCGACGGGCACCAGCAGGACGACAAGCAGUCAGCGACCGAGUCGACCAAGGAAUCGUCCAAAGAGUCGUCGAUCAAGGACCAGGAGUCUUACGAAGGCACUGGCAUUGACGAGACACCAAAGAGCCCCAAGGCAAAGACGCAUCGCAGAAAGGGCUCCCGUAGCUCGCUAGGCUCCGUUGGCCGCACAUACGGCGUGUCGAUGAAGGACGAUAUCAAGGCCGCAGCGACCCAUGUCAAGAACGAAGCUACGAACGCAGCGGCUGAGGCCAAGGACGAGGCGACUGUUUUGAAGAAACAGGUAGAUGACAAGCAGGAGACGCUCGAGCGUGAGACGAAGCAGAAGCUGGAUGAUACUUUUCUGCCAGAGACGCCUCGUCUCGUCAAUGGCGAUGCGUUGACGACCGUCAGGCCGCCAAAGGAGGUUGAGAAGGACAGCCGCAUCGACAAACCACUGAAGCGCAGAGACUCAGAGCUCAAGGCAGGUCGACAGGCAGGUGCUGGAUGGGCAAAGAGCAAAAUAAGGUUUGCACCUAUGAACGUCCCCCUGCAGCGCCGACUCCAGACAUGCGCUGUGCUGAUGCACACGCUGAGCAUCGUCGGCUCCCUCGCCAUCUUCUUCUUCCUUUGCAGCAUACCACUCCUCUGGCCCAUCCUCCUGCCCUACACCAUAUACGUCCUAUUCUCCAACGCUGGUACGUCUGGAGAGCUGUCGUUCCGCAGCGAGCGCCUGAGGCGACUGAAGGUCUGGUCGCUCUUUGCCUCGUACUUUCCUGCUCGUCUGCACCGCUCGCAGGAGCUGGAGCCUACUAGGAAGUACAUUUUCGGCUACCACCCGCACGGUAUCAUCUCCCACGGCGCCUUCGCUGCAUUCGCUACUGAAGCUCUGGGUUUCUCCCAGCUGUUCCCUGGCAUCACGAACGCACUGCUCACUCUCGACUCCAACUUCCGCUACCCUCUCUACCGCGAGUAUGCCCUUCGUCUUGGCAUGGCCUCGGUUUCGCGCGAGUCCUGCGAGAACAUCUUGUCGAAGGGAGGACACAACGGCGAAGGCAUGGGUCGCGCCAUCACCAUCGUCGUUGGCGGCGCACGCGAGUCGCUCGAUGCACGACCCGGCGUCGUCCACCUCGUCCUCCGCCGCCGCAAGGGUUUCGUCAAGAUGGCCAUCCGCACCGGCGCCGACCUAGUCCCUGUCCUUGCAUUCGGCGAAAACGACAUUUACGACCAGGUUGACAGCGAGUCGCACCCUCUGCUUCACAAGUUCCAGAUGCUCGUCAAGAAGGUUAUGGGCUUCACUGUCCCCAUCUUCCACGCUCGCGGUAUCUUCAAUUACGAUGUGGGCAUGAUGCCGUACCGAAGGCCGAUCAACAUUGUCGUUGGAAAGCCGAUUAGGGUUGUCCAGGACAAACAUCCCAACCCUGAGUACAUGGACGAGGUGCAUGAGAAGUAUAUCGAGGAGCUGAUGCGCCUGUGGCACGAGCACAAGAAUACUUUUGCUAAACAGAGGACUGGCGAGCUGGAGAUUGUCGAGUAGUGAACCAUUGGAGAGUGGGCGCUUUCUGUACAAGUAUCGUGAGACACGGCCAUACCCUUUUCUUUAUCGUUGUAAGACUGGUAUGUCAGGAUGGUGAAUGACUGUACGCAUUACUAGAUACACCUAAUGCGAGCAACGAAACUGGGUCACGAAUACAUCUCAUUCGAUACG